GGCCGGGCGAGUGGGUCAGCUGUGGAGGGCGUCGGAGCGUACUCUACUAGGAGCUGCCCAGGCUCUGGCGCCCAGGCCAGGCGGCCUUGGGGUGGGGAGCCUCCCCUGGUGAACUCCACUUCAGUUCCCCUGGAGUGAUCGCGAGUUGGUGAGAAGUACCCUACUGCUUCUACCCUUCCAGCCUACCCCCAAGGAAAAGGUUGCCCUGCUGUGCUCCAUCACCUUCUCCUAAAGAUGCAUCCUGACUUAUCUGCACACUUGCACACUGAAGAAUGCAACGCCUUGAUUAACUUACUUAAGGAGUGUCACAAAAAUCACAGCAUUCUGAAAUUUUUUGGUCAUUGCAAUGAUCUUGAUCGGGAGAUGAGAAAAUGCUUGAAGAAUGAGUACAUGGAAAAGAGGACCAAGAGCAGGGAGCACGGCAAUGCGAUGCGAAAGAGACUUCAUACUCCUCCAGCGGAAUCUGAAUCAUAAAUUGUAUUUUCACUGGAUGCCUUGGCUGAGAGAAGACCUCAAGACUCUUGUUUGAUAACUGAAAGAAUCCUGUCUCCUUUGGUCUCCAGAACUUUUGAAUAGCCAGUGACCCGUGAGAAAUCGAGCCACAGAGAAAUACGGAAACCCUGGAUUCAGAAUAUUUGUUAGGCAGAACCUUUAGGACUCUGAUUCCUUUACCAACGCACCUGACUUUUAAUAUGUUUCUUUCCUUUGCCUACAACCGGUUAACGUUUGAGUAACCUGUCUCCCUCAAUAAAAUAAUU